CUUUUUUUUAUCCUUAGACAAUCCUUUUUAUCCCCCAAACACCUUUUAAAAACCUGACCUAGCAGUCCUAUACCACUCCUGAGCAAUUUACUUGAAUAUAUUCUAUAGCCAUGGUUUCCUCUCCCAUUUCUCCACUGUCUCCAAACUUUGACACAUCGCACUCUCCUACUAUCAUUGAUCUUCGUUCAUCCGCAAAAGGGCCUGACAAAUUCAAGCAAGCCAGCAAGAAUAAUGUACAGAAUACGUACCCAAGUCCUCCAUCGGCUGCCCAAGAGCUAAACCAGGAAGCUGACGUGGUCGAGCUUCGACUUGAUGCCCGUGCAGAGAGCCCAUCCUCAUCCUCUGACUCGGAUAGUAUGAUGGAUGCAGCUUCGUCUGGAGAUGAUACUCUUGAGAAUGACAGCAACAGCAGUGUCUCAGAUCUUGAGGACAACGUCAUGGCAGCCGAAUCAGCUCCGGCAUUUGAUCUGCCAAAGAUGAUCAUAUCCGGACUUUGUCCUGCAGCUCCUGGUGCACCCAAGACAAUUCCCACGAUGGUUCUUUACGAUGAUCGUGGCCUACAGCUGUUUGACGACAUUACGUAUUUGGACGAGUAUUACCUCACACAGGACGAGAUCGACAUCCUUGAGCGCGAUGGCGAUAAGAUUGUUGAGCUCAUUCCAGACAACAGUGUUGUUGUGGAGCUUGGUGCAGGUUCUCUUCGUAAGACAGUGCUGUUGUUGAAUGCGCUCGAGAGGAAACGCAAGAACAUUCGCUACUAUGCGCUUGACCUGAUGUUGGAUGAAUUGACCAAGUCGCUCAAAUCUCUCGGUAAUUUCGUCAAUGUCAAGACCGCAGGCCUAUGGGGUACCUACGAAGAAGGUCUGGCCUUUGUUAGUUCCUUCGGAUCAGACGUUCCUAAAACACUUGUCUGGCUAGGCUCAUCUAUUGGCAAUCUGACCCGGGUAGAGGCACAAGAGUUUAUUACUUCCUAUCGCAAGACGCUCAAUGUUGGUGAUAACUGGAUCAUUGGGAUCGAUCGUCGUAAUGAUCCGCAAGAAAUCACUAUCGCAUACAAUGACCCGAAGGGUGUUACCCGCGAUUUUAUAAUGAAUGGCCUGGACCAUAUCAACGUCAUACUGAAGCAGGACUUUAUCGACCGCAACAAGUUCCAAUAUUUCGCUCAGUAUAAUGCCGAGCUCGGUCGUCAUGAGGCUUACUAUCAAGUGAAAGAGGCCCACGAGCUCGUUUACAAAGAGACGACGGAGUCGGGUAUGGAAAGACAAAGUCGUAUUCCACUUGUAAAAGAUGAGCUUAUCAAUGUAGAAUAUUCGUACAAAUGGUCCCUUGCAGAGACGACAGAGCUUUUUGAACAGACUGAGAUGACCAGGAUUGCCCAGUUCACGAGUCCCAGUAAUCGAUAUGAUCUUCAUAUUGUCCGCAAGACCCCAUUCUAUUUCAAGGCGACAUCAGAGUCAUCACCUGCAUGCCCUUCGCAGCAGGAAUGGACUGAGCUCUGGAAGUCCUGGGAUUUGAUCACCAUGUCGAUGAUCCAACAUCCAUCGAUGCUCUUGGAGAAACCCAUUGCGCUGCGUCAUCCCUUCCUUUUCUACUUGGGUCACAUCCCUGUCUUUCUGGACACUCAGCUCUCGAGGGUGCUUAAUGAAGAAUAUUCUGAGCCCAAGUAUUUCAAUUUGAUCUUUGAGAGAGGCAUUGAUCCUGAUGUGGAUGAUCCUACCAAAUGCCAUGCCCAUUCAGAAGUGCCAGAUACCUGGCCUGAAAUCGAGUCCAUCAUUGAUUUCCGCGAUCGCGUCCGGAAACGACUGUUUGCAGUUAUGGACAACAAGGAGAAGUAUCCCAUGACCCGCCGGCUAGCCCGUGUGUUGUUCAUGGCGUUUGAGCAUGAAGUAAUGCACUUAGAAACCCUUAUGUACAUGUUGGUUCAAUCACCCAACACUCUCCCUCCUCCAUCACUUCCUGCGUCUUGGUCAACUACCAAGGCAUCUACUACCAACGCUACAAAUCCUUCACAGGCCCCUGUUGCUUCUUGGAUUACUAUUGAUCCUUCUCAGCUGGAUAAGGCUAUCCUCACACUUGGUCAUGAUGAUUCAGAAGCAGAAGAUUUUGGGUCAAAGAAGAGCGAUCUUCAGUCUGAAUUCGGCUGGGACAACGAACAUCCCUUGGUCACGACUAGAACACCACCACCAACUUUUAAGAUCCAGUCUCGUCAAGUGACUAAUACGGAGUAUCUGACAUAUUUACAAGCAACAAGUGAUGACUCCAUCAAAUUUAAGAAGGAUGAUCGGAUUCCGGCUUCCUGGCUAAUCAAGGAUGACAUUUUCAUUAAGACCGUUUAUGGACCCGCACCCAUGUCUGUAGCAGGAGAUUGGCCUGUGUCAUGCUCUCAAAUUCAGGCUAAGGGUUACAUUGCAUGGCUUUCUGAACAACGUGCUCAAAAUUACGGACUUCCUACAGAGCAUGAGCUCUCCAUCGCCCUGAAACUGAAGCAAUCAACUGCUCCUAGGACCGGUCUUGGAAACUAUGGAUUCCGUCAAUGGUAUCCAGCGCCAAAUGAACAGAAGUCAUCUAUCUCUACUGGAACUGCAACCAUUGCUGACUUCAGUGGCCCUGGAGCCUUAUGGGACUGGACUUGCACACCUUUUGCUCCAUUGGUAGAACGAGAUGCAUUUGAGACCUCCAAGCUGUAUCCUGGAUAUUCAAGCGACUUUUUUGAUGAGAAGCAUAUGGCCGUUCUCGGUGCAUCUUGGGCAACCCAUCCAAGGGUCGCAGAACGCCGUAGCUUCAGAAACUGGUAUCAGUCCAACUACCCAUUUGUCUUUGCUGGCUUCCGUCUUGUAGAGCGUAUGUAAUAGAGUAAAAAAAGAAUACAC